UGGAAAUACUGCUUCGUAUUGCGGUUUUUUGUCUGAUUUUAUGGUUCAAAUGCGUUGAAUUCUUGAUACCUAUUCUUUUACCUAGACCAUCUUUGCCGUCACAGUGUCAGAAACAUGCAAUCUUCAGAUUAUUCCCGAGAUAUUCGAACCUCUCAGAACCCUACAAGUCCUAUGAGUGCCCCAUCCCAGGCACCGGGCGGUUUCUUGCACCCCGACUCAACGCUCCUCUCUCCGCCUUCUACUGCCGGGGUUUCAUCACCAGCAGCUUCAUCCGCAGUAGGAAAUGUAUCCUUGCCACGAGCUCGUCUGCACCCAUUGAAACCGGGAAGCUCCAAGGAAACGGCAUUCAUCAAUUAUGUAGAUCGCGGGAUGCUGGAAGUGAGUCGGCGAUAUGCCAAAAAGUUCACCGGAAAGCAUGAAGAGGAGGAAAUAGAUGGCGGCGCAGAUGGCGCCGGGGACAGGAUGCGGGGCGGAGAAGUCAAGGGAUAUGAGAGUUUCAAAGAAGCCGGGAAGGACAUUGAGAAACUGGUAGACGUUGUUUGGGUUUCGGGGACUCCCGCCUUACAAACAUCAUAUCUCCUUUCCCUCGCUCUCCUGGUCGCCACCUAUCUUCCAUCCUUCCCUCCUGCUCCCCGUACUACCUUUAACCUGUUGCAUAAACUAGACCUUGCAUUUGCAUCUCUUCUCCAAGGUCGCGAUUUGAGCACAGGCGAAGUUCUCCCCGGAUUCGAGACCUCCUCACGAGCGCUGAGUACGACCGAAAAGGUCCGCAUCAAGAGUCUUGUCGAGAGAACGCGAGUUGUAGUCGUAGAGUCGAUGCGCAGGGGCGAGUAUGAGGAAGAGGAAGAGGAGGAAGAAGAUGACACGAACGAUGAGAGUAACGGUAAUGAUGAGGACGACACUGAUAUGGAUUUUGGCGACGAGGCGGAUCGUUGGGAAAUGGAAAUUGCCAGAGUAUAUGACCGGACUAUUGUAGAGCUGGGCGAGAGCCUUGGGAAUGAUCCGGCGGGCCCUAACUAGAUGGAUUGAUUGAACCGAAGGCGCAGUCCUCGAUGAUGCUGGAUCAAACAUGUGCGGGUCAAUGUGUUUGCUUGCACAUCUUUGAUGCUAAACCAUGAAAUCCGUGGCGAAUAUCGCCAUGUGCUUCCGCGUUUUCCAUGCAAUGGAUCGCCCACGACAGAGGACAAGAAGCAUGAAUCUAUUUCUCGGCGUCACUAAGGGGCAAAGCCAAUUCUCUCAUGACAAUUCACUCGUGCCUACCUUACAUGUGUAGGCACCAAAUGGGAAAGCCUUUCAGCCGAAAGCAUCAUCGAGGACUGCGCCAUCGGUUCCAUCUAAUCCAAGAGGAUCUUGAAUCCUUUGAUUUGAUCUCCCUAGAGCAC